AUGACUUACCAUUUGGAAAAGCUAUCCGCUGAUAUACUUGACGAAGAUUUUGCAAGUAUUUUUAAACCUAUCCAUCUUCUACAAAAGAUUGUCGGUAACCUUAAGGUGAAAAUUGAACACGGCUUCGUCACGCCUCCUUCGAAGUGGUACAAUUUGUAUUCAAUAUUUAUUUUGACGGUAGAUAUUCUCAUUACUAUUAUUGAUAUAACGUUGAGUUUAUUAAUAUUAUAUUAUAUACAAAUUCGCGUAGAUUACAUUAAAAAAGAAUUAGAGAAAAUUAGACGAUUCGUUGAAAGCAAAUCCAGAUUACAUACGAUUGAAGGAGCCCGAUUACACGAAACGAUCGACGUCGGUCUAGAAAGGAAACUGAACAGCUUGGUGCUGGGGACGCACGAUAUCUUGACAGUAAUGGCAGAUUUUACUGACUUAUUUCAAAUGAAGAUGAUAACGAACUCUGAGUCUUACUUCGUGGUCAUACAGCUCUCUUUUGAUUACACCCUAAUAUACUUCUUACUGUGCAUAUUUACCGAAUUGAUCACAUCAAAAUUAGAACAGUCGAGAAAGCUGUGCCGCGACAUCGUACAUUCGUCUGAAGGUGAAAUCAAGCGGAACGCGAAACGCAUGUUGUUGUUAUUGGAUGUGAAAAACGACAUAUCUUUAUAUGAUAUCUACACGCUGAACGCGCGCCUCCUCGUGCGCACCCUCGGCGUCGUAACCACUUACACGGUCAUUAUUCUGCAGUUUUAUGUAUAA